CACCCGGCGGCCCAGGGCGGGCGCCCGCCGCCUCCCCCGGCGCCGCCGCCAGGAGGAUGCGUCCCUGGAGCUGGUUCCUGCUGCCGACCCUGAGCCUCCUGCGCGCGGCUUCCGCCCACUGCGAGCUCAAGCCCCAACAAAGUGAGUUGAAUUCUUUCCUAUGGACCAUUAAGAGAGACCCGCCCUCUUAUUUCUUUGGCACCAUUCAUGUGCCGUACACCCGGGUAUGGGACUUCAUCCCAGACAACUCCAAGGAGGCUUUUCAACAGAGCAGCAUUGUGUACUUCGAGCUGGACCUCACAGACCCCUACACCCUCUCGGCCCUCACCAGCUGUCAGAUGCUGCCGCAGGGCGAGAACCUACAGGAUGUGCUGCCCAGGGACAUCUACUGUCGCCUCAAGCGUCACCUUGAGUACGUCAAGCUCAUGAUACCCUCCUGGAUGACUCCAGACCAACAUGGGAAGGGCCUCUACGCUGAUUAUCUCUUUAAUGCCAUUGCGGGAAACUGGGAGCGCAAGAGGCCCGUGUGGGUGAUGCUCAUGGUCAACUCCUUGACUGAAGUGGACAUUAAGUCUCGUGGGGUGCCUGUGUUAGACAUGUACCUUGCGCAGGAGGCCGAGAGACUGAGGAAACGGACGGGGGCAGUGGAAAAGGUGGAAGAGCAGUGCCAUCCUUUGAAUGGGCUGAACUUCUCACAGGUUAUCUUUGCUUUGAACCAAACCCUCUUGCAGCAGGAGAGCCUCCGGGCCGGCAGCCUUCAGGUCCACUACAGCACGGAGGACCUCAUCAAACACUACAACUGCGGGAACCUCAGCUCCGUCAUCUUCAGCCACGACAGCACCCAGGUUCCCAAUUUUAUUAAUGCUACACUCCCACCUCAAGAGCGCAUCACAGCUCAGGAAAUUGACAGCUACUUCCGCCGGGAGCUUAUCUACAAGCGCAAUGAGCGGAUGGGCAAGCGGGUGAAGGCUCUUCUGGAGGAGUUUCCUGACAAAGGCUUCUUUUUUGCCUUUGGAGCUGGUCAUUUCCUGGGCAACAACACUGUGCUUGAUGUGCUGCGGCGCGAGGGCUAUGAGGUAGAACACGCCCCUGCCGGACAACCCGUCAACAAAGAGAAGAGCAGCAGCGCCUCGUUGCUGCCUGCUCCUCCUGUGGUCUUUGACCCAGAAGAGGCCGCCCUGGAGGUGCUGGCACCGGAAGCUGGACCUGUGGCUCGCUCCCUGACGCCACCACGCUUGCCCCUAAGUGGAAACGUCGGCCUGGGCCUGUUGGAAGGGAUGGAGAGGAAGUUCCGGAAGAAGCGGAGGCGGCCCCCACGAAGACAGCACCUACGGCAGUUCAGUGACCUGUGGGUCCGACUAGAGGAAAGCGCUGUGGUCCCGCAACUCCCAGUACCUGUUUUGGAUGGGCACAUCACCAGGCUGCAGCUCCCGUACCAUGGCCAUUCUCGUCAUGGUCAGAUGGUGACCAGCAGUGCCUGCCUGUGUCUCUGGACUCCUGGCUUCUGGGUUCUGGUGCUGACUUUCCAAACUGACACACGGCUCUUGUAAUGAUCAGAGGAGUCUUAGCCCACUGGACUUGAAGAAUGAUCAUUCUCGCUCUGCCACUCUGGUCUGGUCCUGAUAGGCCCAAACCAGAAGAGACAACAAUAAAAGCCACCUUCGAGUCUUCUCUUUUCUGAAAUGACUUUGGGUUCUGCUACAUUACUUGAGAUGUAC